AAGAGCUGCCUGCGCGAGCCUGAGACUGUGUGUGUGUGUGUGUGUGUGUCGCGGUGCUGGUUGGCGUGCGGGCUGGCCAGCGGCUCGGGGUGCCUCAGCGGGACAGGACAGGCUUCAUCUCCGACUCGGAUUCCUGCUUCACGAUGAGCACGGCCGCAGAGCAGCAGGGGGCCCAGUGUCCAGCUGAAUGUGGGGCCGGAGGGAGGAGGCCCAGCUCCUCCACUGCUCUCCACAGGAAGAGAUGCUCGCUCCAGCAGGACGAGGAACUGCAGCUCAUUGGGGUUUUGAUGACCAGCCAGGCCUCGAUGGGGCCGAAGCUGAAGUGGAGCGUGGGAGCGCUGGAGGCCGUCAUGAGCUCACUGUCCAGCUCGGCUGUGGCCCGGCCAGAGCUGGGGUCGGCAGAUAACCUGCUGGGCAUCUCGUGGGUGGACAGCGGCUGGGUUCCGAUCCUCAACCCUGGCAACGUUCUGGACUACUUCUCCGAGAGGAGCAACCCUUUCUACGACCGCACAUGUAACAACGAGGUGGUGAAGAUGCAGCGUCUGUCUCUGGAGCAUCUCAAUCAGAUGGUGGGAGUGGAGUACAUCCUGCUGCACGCUCAGGAGCCCAUCCUCUACAUCAUCCGCAAGCAGCAGCGGCAGUCGCCCACACAAGUGGUCCCUCUGGCCGACUAUUACAUCAUCAUCGGGGUGGUGUACCAGGCGCCGGACCUGGGCUCGGUCAUCAGCUCCCGGGCGCUGUCUGCGGUUCACGGCAUCCAGUCGGCGUUUGACGAGGCCAUGUCGUACUGCCGCUACCACCCGUCCAAGGGCUACUGGUGGCACUUCAAGGACCAGGAGGAGAGAGAAAAAGUGAAGCCAAAGACGAAAAAGAAGGAGGAGCCCAGUUCUGUGUUUCAGCGCCACCGUGUGGACACGCUGCUUCUGGACCUGAGGUCGAAGUUCCCACCGACCUUCUACCAGCCCAAACCCGGAGAGAAGCCCAUCCCAGUGGAGGUGAAGAAGGAGCCGGAGCCGCCGACCGAGACCGUCAAGCCGGAGGAGAGGGAGCCGGCCGCCAGCAAGACCCCGGGCCAGACGCCCGCCAGCAAGCCGCCCCCAGAGAAGCGGGCGAGGCUGCAGUGAGGUCAGCCCGUGACCGCCGGCUGACGUGGUGACAUCACCUGACUGUGGAGCUCCGUCGCGAUUUGUUUGGUUGAACUCUUUUGUAGUAAAAUGCUGCUCAAAUGUC